AUGAUCCUCUCACAUCUACGGCUGGUACUACCUCGACGGACCUUCUGCAGCUCGGCAGUCCGGUUCUCUGGCCACAAUAAAUGGUCUAAAAUUAAAGAGAAGAAAGGCGCUAAUGACUUGAAGAAGUCUGCUGUCUAUAGCAAGAUCAGCCGCACUGAUCUCGUGAUAGGUGGUGGGUCCACCGAUCCCGAGAAGAACGCUAGUCUUGCCGCCGUACUCAAGGCAGCCAAGGCCAAUGGCGUCCCUAAAGACAACGUAGAGAAGGCACUGGCUAGAGCUUCCGGCAGCAAGGACAAAGGGAGCAGUCAACUAAUGUACGAGGCAAUGGCGCACGGCUCCGUUGGAAUCCUAAUAGAGUGUCUAACAGACAAUGCGAACCGGACACUGCACGCGUUACGUGAGAUACUAAACGAUCACAAUGGCCGUUUUGCACCAGUGAGCUUCAUGUUCGCGAAAAAGGGCCGCGUCCGAGUGGCGUUAGAUAAGGGAAAAGACCACGAAGAGCGCGUGGAACAGCUUAUCGAGACUGCGCUGGAAGCCGGUGCGGAGGACUUCGAGACCGUAGAUUCAUCAGACAGCACAGUCGAAGUCGAGUUCACUUGUCCGCCGAACGUGCUAUCGAAGGUAGCGUCCGCUGCCACGGCACCGGGCAAAUAUCGAGAGCUCCUGGAAAGCGAAUUAGUUUAUGUUCCUACGGAACCUGGCGAGGAAGCUGACGAGUCACUGACCAAUUCGAUAUCGGAGCUCGUGGAGGCGCUGGAGGAUAACGAAGAUACAAUACGUGUCUGGACUACCUUAGACUGA